AUGCUAAAAAAAUUCAAUGCAAUUGUUAUUUUAUUUUUCAUUUUAAAAAAUUAUUCUGAAGGAGCACCGAAGAAGAAAAAAACUUUAGUGGAAAGAAUAGAAGACGCAAGUGUUUAUCAACAUGGAAUCCCUACUAAUCAUUAUGGACAACCCAAUCAGGGGAAUGCUAAUUAUUCUGAAGGAGGCUCUUCGACUGCCCCAGCAUUCACUUUAACAACAUUUACAUAUUUUUGUAAAUGGGGGGAUUGUGUAGAAGGUUUCGAUAACAAAGAUAUUCUUGCGAUGCACGUUAAAAUGCAUGCAGAAAUGUCACAGGUCAAUAAUUCUUGA